UUAAAGCUGGACUGCAGCAGCACAUAUUGACACAAACCGCACUCACGCUCUCCUCACAGCUCACAGCAGUGAGCUAGAAAAGAGUGAAAAGUCUUCAUUAGAGAAUGUCAGAUGGAAGAAUGAGCUUCAAAUGUGGAAUCAUAUCACUGAUCAUCCUGCUGAACAUUACAGGUUCUUUGGGUGAGACUCUGAGAGUGACCUGCAGUCCUCAGACUAUCUGUGCUCUGCGGGAAUCAACAGAGACCCUGCAGUGCUCUCACUCAAACACCAACAUCAAACCUCAGCACAGCUUCUGGUUCAGCCCCAAACAAAAAGCUAAAUGGAGGAACGAGGAAGAUCCAGAGGAUUUAGCUUUAGACUCAGACUACGCAGGACGAGUGAGAUAUGAUAAGACUACAAGAUACAGUUACAGCUAUGAUACUCUUACAAUAUCAGACCUGAGAGAGAGAGACUCAGGAGAAUAUCACCUCAUGGUCAUUACAGAAACAGGACAGAAAUAUUCCAGCUCAACAGCAGUUACUCUGACAGUUUCAGAUCUGAAGAUGAGGAUGACCACUGACACAAAAAAUCAGAUGGAGCUGACCUGUAGCUCUUCAUGCAGUCUGACCUCUAAACCUUCUUAUUACUACUGGUACAAAAAUGGACGAUAUCAGCACAAAACAAAUGAACAUCAGAAGGUUUUGAGUUCAUAUAGUAGUGAUGAUCCUGGCAGCUACUCCUGCUCUGUUAGCAGCCAUCCUGAAAUCCGAUCCAAUACAGUGUGUAUUAAUGAUGAGAACUGCUGGAGUGUGACCUACUCAGACAGAAGAGUCUGUGCUUUGGAGGGUUCAUCAGUGGACUUUCCCUGCACUUACUCAUAUCCCAGAGAUCAGAGAGUUACUAAAACAUUCUGGUAUUACUUUCGGCCUCAAGUGGAGCCGACAGAUCUGAGUGUGGAAGAGCAGUUUGCUGGUCGAGUGGAGUUUCUUGGAGAUAAAGUGAGAAACUGUGCUCUGAGAAUGAACAAUCUGACAAAGAGUGACUCUGGACAAUAUUGCUUUAGAUUCAUCACUGAUACUGCAGGAGGGAGUUUCUCUGGUUAUCCUGGAGUUAUUCUGAGUGUUACAGAUCUUCAGGUGAAAGUGAGUCCCACCACUCCAUCAGAAGGACAGACAGUGACACUGACCUGUAUCUCCACCUGCACUCUGCCCAACAACCCCACUUACAUCUGGUACAAGAACGGACAGCCUGUAACUAACAAACCCACCAGAUACAACAAGCUCUACCUGGAGUCGGCAAGCACUGAGGAUGUUCUCCAGUAUUCUUGUGCUUUAGGAGGUCCAGAGGAGAGCACAGUGUUAAAGUUUGUCACAGUGGGUGUGGCAGCCUUUCUGGCUCUAUUACUCAUCAUAGGAUGGAUCUGGAUGAGGAGAAGGAAGUCCAGCCCAGCUAAAGGUCACAAUAACACUGGGGAGAAUGUGCAGUGUGACUCUACUGCUGUGUACAGUAACCUAUCAGACCUGGCCAUGACCUCUGACCCCACACAGAGAGACGAAUCAGAUAAUCAGGAUGGCGUUCACUACUCCAGUGUUGAAUUUAAGCGCUCUUACAUACAGAAAGAGGCUCCGCCCCCCGCUUCCUCACUUCCUCUUUACUUCAUAGAGGACCAGGAUGUUCAGUAUGCAGCUGUGAACUUCAGCAGUGACAGUGCUGCCCCCCAGUGA